ACUCAACAAAUGAAGAUCUUAUUUAUUUUGGAAACAUUGAAAUCGUAUAAUCAUAAAUUAAACUAGUGUCUAGUGGCCAGUUGGUAGGUGUAGGUCGUUGGAUUAUCAUUAUAUAGACAGAAAAUAAAAAUAAAAUUAAAGAACAAUAUUUUUUCUUUCAUUUUUAUAACGAUUGUUAAUUUAUAGUGAACAAUUACAUUCAAAAAAUAAUCAAUUCACAGCAUAUUAUGGUUCUAUAAACUAUGUAUUAAUACUUCAUUUCUCAAUAUUUUAAUAACACAUUAAUUACAAGGUGAUUAUCAUGACAAACUCGUGUUUCGGAUGUUGUUCUAUUCGUCAUGGCGUUAGUUGUAUUUACAUUUUUAAUAUAUUUUUGACCACUUUAAUUAUAAUGAACGAUUUCUUACAACGCUUGUCAAACUACUAUCAAUAUUAUCAGCAUACCGGCUCUGAAAAUUCUACAGAACAAACAUUUAGUCUUGAUGCCAUUCCUGAUUAUUAUUUAGAUGAAAAAAUUAAUGUGACAAUACAUUUCAAUUCUACGGGCAGAAACGUUUAUACGAAUACCAGAAUUUUACCUCUCCUGAGUGAAAUUUUUAUGGACUACAUAUUCAUCGUAAAAUUGGCAUGGGGUGUGAUGGAAUUCUACUUAAACAUUAGCCUGAAACAAUCAACGUACACUGUUUCUCCAGAAAAGAUUUAUGCUUGGUUAGUGAUUUAUUAUUUUAACUUAUGCUCAGCCAUAAUUUUUCUAAUCAUCGUCACCAUCAAUCUGGAGAUUUUUAGAGAUGUAGAAUAUUUUGUGUGUUUCAUCGAAAUAACAAUUAUUGCGGUCGAAAUCUACAUCGUGCAAUCGUAUUACAAACAGCAGAAGUUGGCAGCCGUCAGUGAUUUCGUUCACUUAAAAUGGAAAUAUAUACCAAAGCCCAAAACUCAAUCAGACGAAAAUAGAUCCACGGUAGGCAUAACACCAGAGAAUCCGCUUAAUCAAACUGAAGACCAAUCCGGUUACAUCCCGAUAUUUGUGAGAGAUUUGCGCCGCGCAAAUUCUUAAAAUUGUAUAAUCCAAUUUGUCGAUUUGCGAUGUAGAGCAUACUAGAUAUAGAGUGUUUUGUGCGCAUGCUCUACACGUCGUACAGAGGUAGUAUUUAUUAUAAUUAAUUAAGCCCAUCCAUUGGGUUCGUUUAAAAAAAAUUGUAUGUGCCUAUACAAUGAUAUUAUUAUUUAUAACUAU